AUGACACCUCCAUCUCAAUCACCAUUACCGUCACCAUCAUCAUCACUAACACCAUCUCUUUCUCCAUCUCCAUCUCCAUCUCAAACUCAAUCUCCAUCAUUUUCUCUAUCUCCAUCACCAUCGCCGUAUGUAUCUCUUUUCCCACCUCUAUCUCCAAUGCAAUCUCCAACUUCUCGUCUAUCUCCCAUGACAUCUUACUCUCCUUCUCCAUUUCCAUCACCAUCAUCAUCACUAUCACCAUCACCAUCACCAUCUCCAUCUCCAUCGCAAACUCAAAAUCCAUCAUUUUUUGUAUCUCCAUCGCCAUCGCCUUCUCAAUCUCCUUUGUCACCUCCAUCACCAUCUCCAUCUAUGUUGCAACCUUUAUCUCCAUCACAAUCUCUAUCUCUAUCACAACCUCCAUCCCCAUUUAAAUCUCCAUCUCCUUCUCUAUAUACCAUAACAGCUCCAUCUCCCUCUUCAUCACCAUCAUCAUUGUCAUCACAAUCACCAUCUCCAUCUCCAUCACAAACUCAAUCUCCCUCGUUUUCUCUAUCUCCAUCGACAUCGCCUCCUCUAUUUCCUUUUCCACAUCCAUCUACACUUCCAUCUCCAUAUAUAUUGCAACCUUCAUCUCUAUCACCAUCUCCAUCU